ACCACGCAUUUGACUCCACUGAAAAUGGUGGGCGGCCCGUACAAGCACACGAAUGACCUGAUCUUGGCCGCCGAGACAUCGCUGGCGCUGUUGGCGCAAAUGGACGAUGGGGACGUCGGCGGUAGUCCACGUGAUCUGUGCACCGAUACCCAUUACUCUGAAGACACCCGAAAACAGUACGCCCAAUCUCCAGAUGUCGAAGCAUUUGACGGGUCGGAUCUUGCCGAAUUGACCACGACAGCACCAGUUGAGAGCUCUGUGCUGGAUGGUCGCGCCCACAUCAAAGUUCAGUUUCCAGAUGGGACGGUCGAGUACAUUGACGUGAACGCUGCCACCACGACCGUUGGGACGGCACUUGCGUUGGCCUGGAAGAAGCGCAACCACACUGCCCGCUUCCUGGACAAGAAGAAGCUUCGUGGGUUCUUUCAAGGCCGCGAAGUCGCACAGGAUUGGUUCUUGCUAGAUUGCGGGCUUGCGUUGGAAGGCACGUUGCAGAUACACAUCGCGCAAUCGACAGAAUGGACGUCGUUGGCGUCGGCGACGUUUUCGUCCAACAACUUGUUCAUUUCAUCCAUUUCGAACGCAUACCAAACCGAAUCCGAGCGACAGUCGGACGCGGACUCGUCGAUGGGUGGCAUCGUGACCUCGAAACCUGUCGAGUGGCUGGAGCACCAGGUCCGGCCUGAAGAACAGGAGUUUGCCGCCGCCCUCGAGCGCUUUUACCAGAAAAUUGACAUGGUGGACGAACCGAACGCUAUAUGUCAGCAUAUCCUGACAGAAUACACGGACAUUCUGCAGAAUGAAAUGGCCAAGCAAGAGAAUGCCGCCACCACGUCGCCGUACCAGCUGCAUCCGCAUUCCUCCCGGGCAAUCGCCGACGUGAACGUGUGGGAAGAGCUUCGGAACGAGCGAAACACGUGGCGACUCCUCAUAGAGCUUCGACAAUUGAGCAUUCAAUCUCAAGCGUCGGAACCUCCGUCGAUCCUCGACGAGAUCGAUCUGGACGCGGACACAACCGACAUGGACGCGAUUGCGUCCCUCGAGUAUGGGCAAUACUUUGCAGUCAAGAAAACUGUGCUCAACUGGCUCGAGUUCAUUGCGUCCGAGCAAGUGUCGGUCACAAACGAGCUCCGCAGCAUGCAGCACUCGCGCACGCUCCAUCGCGUCAAGCAGCGGUCGCUGUCGUUCUCUGUGGAUCCGGACAGUACCCUUCGGGACGGCGAUUUUCAAGUUGACAACGACGACGCCGAAGACGAAGCAGACUUGCUCAAGAGCGUGUGGCAACUGCUGCGAGCCGGGCAGCCCAGGGAAGCGGCUGAGUUGUGCAUUCAGUUAGGUCAGCCUUGGCGAGCGGCUUCGUUGAAUGGGGGAGAUUUCUGUGGGUCGUGCGACAACGACGACGGCGGCGUGCAACGAUGGGGCAACCCGUUUCGCAUGGUGUGGAAGAAUAUGUGUUGGCAAUUUGCCCAAGCCCCGCUCAACGACGGCCGAAAAUUGCACAAAGGAAAGAGCCUUGAAGCCCGUGAGUACGAGUCGAUCAUUUACGGUGCGCUGAGCGGCAACACGGCGGUGCUGCUUCGAUCCGCGCUGUGCGAGUCGUGGGAAGAUCACUGCUGGGCACUUUUGAGUGCUGCCAUGAAGUACGAACAAGACGCUAUUCUUUUGCGCUUGCUGAAGGUCAAGGCCGACGCGACAGAUCUCUUUCUUGAAAACAAUCCAGACUACGUCCGCGUGGUAGAGUCUUUUGUCGAGCAAACCAAGCCCAUGGCCCGCUUCACUGCCGCCGUGGACAAAAUAUUCGAUGAAGUCGCCGCGAGCCCAAACGAUGUUGUGCGGCGGCAAGGCAACCAUCCCCAUCGGCGCAUCCAGUCCAAAUUGGUGGUAUCGGACGUCGACGCGAUUGUGUCGUCGAUUCUUAAGCCGUUUUUCGUGCCCGACGCAACAACCUCUUCCGAUUUUUCGUGGGACCUCCAGUUGAAUUCGACGUUGCCUUCCGAUGCGCUGCCCCCACAACUCGUACGCUUUGCGGCCCACUUUGUGCUGUUCAUGACCACCACGGGCGAAUCGUUUGACCCGUUGACGGGGUAUUUGAUUCAAUUGGCGUACAUUCGGCAUCUCAUCAAGCACGACCAACGCAAUUUGGUCGCGUUGUACGCCUCCCGAUUGCCUGACGACGGCCGAGCUUCAGUUUACGUUCAGUUCUUGACCUCGAUUCGCAACGCAGACACACGCCAGGACUGCCUCAAGUCGAUUGCCAAGUUUUGUCACAACCCAGACUUGUUUUCCCAGAUUACAAAGGACGCUGUCGAGCGCAUUGUCCAGCAUGAGUCGGACGACAUGACCCGCAUCCACGCUCUUCGCUUGCUCUGCUUGGACCCGUUGCAUCGAGGGGAGCUUCUACACCAAGCAAACUGGCUCGCUCGUCAAUUUGUGGUUGAAAACAAACAGUCGCUCCUGAAAACGUUGUUCGAAUCCGUCCCCAACGACUCGCUUGCGGUCAUUGAUGACUCAUGCCAAAGCCAUGUCGAAGCGCAGGAUGCCGACACCCCCUUUUCAUGGCGACAAUAUUCGACAGCACACCCCAAGUUGAGCGUCGCGAUCCGCGAAUAUUUGGGAUGGAUGGCAUUUGUAGCCGCCACAAACGCGUACGAAGAGUGGCGCCAGGUUGUGUCGCAUGCAAACGGCGGCGGCCUGUUGUGCUUUGAUGACGAGGCGAAGCGAGUGAAAGUUGUGACGUAUCAUGCAACCCACGCCAUCUCGUUGCUCUUUGACGUGCUGCAGUUCGAAGGUGGAUGGCUGUCCAAGUGCCUCGACGACGCGAGCAUGGUCGCGUCGAGCGAAUCGAUUCGCGCGGCGUGCCUUCCAUUCAUUGUGUUUUCGCUCUACCAUGUCUGUUCCGAUGCCAUCGACUCGUUUUCCGACCUCCAUCAUUAUCCACCCAAAGCAAAACAAGAUUUGGCGUUUCCGUUUGCCCAGAAAGCGCUGCACCUUGCAUCCGUUGUCGCGAACGAACACUACAAGGUCUACCGGUCAUUUCACACUGACCAACUCAAGCAGCUGCUGCACCUUCUCCAACAAAGCGCGUCCAGCAUGAUUGCGCUCAAGGACUGCCUGCUCCUUUAACAAUAAAUAUCGCCGUCAUUUACGACUCGCUCAA